UCGCGGCCGGCGAACCGCACCCCGCACUGCUGCUGGUACAGUACAGCAGCUGCUACAAACCCGUGUGGUGUGACCGAUCCACCCACCCACCGCGAGAUCUCCCCCCCCCCCUCCUCCUCCUCCUCCGCCUCCUCAUCGCCGCCAUGGAUCUCCUCGGCGCGCUCGCCGUCGUGGCUGUGGCGGUGGCGGUGCUGGUGCUGGUUGGCGGCGGCGGCGGCGUGGAGGCGUCGAUCCACACCUACGACGGGGAGCCGUUCCGGGAGGUGGGGAACGCGUUCCUCCUCUCCGGCGGGAGCGAGGGCGUCGUCACCGACGGGGCCGACCUCGCCGCCCCGGCCUCCUCCUUCAUCAAGUUCAUGAAUGUUACUUUCUGGAGAACUCAAGAAUCGGCUGAAUCACAUGCAAAAAUGGCACACAGUACAGGCCUGGUACAAGCAAUUUUAUUUGAAGCAGCUGACAGGGAUAACAUUGGGGGUUCUGCCUAUGGUGGACAGAGGUCCAUAUGUUGUACCCCUGAUCUUGCUAAGCUAGAGGGCUGCAAACAAGGGGAAGUAAUCAGGAGACCAUCCUCUGAUGAUCCUGAUUGGCCUUUUGUGCUGGAGACACAUUUCAGCGGUAAUCACAUUUCAGUGAAGUUGGAUAAUGAGGAAGUUCGCAUUACUAAGACAGGCAUGUACAAUUUGUUCUUCAUUUCCUGUGAUCCAAAACUGAGAGGCCUUAAAAUGAGUGGGAAGACAGUCUGGAGGAAUCCUGGUGGCUACCUGCCAGGACGGAUGGCACCUCUGAUGAAUUUUUAUGUAUUUAUGUCGCUGGCUUAUCUAUUGGUCAUGGUCAUUUGGUCAAGUCAAUAUAUAAGAUUUUGGAGGGAUAUCAUGCCAAUCCAGAAUUGGAUCACACUAGUCAUUGCGCUUGGCUUGUUUGAGAUGACACUAUGGUACUUUGAGUACUUAAACUUCAACAGUAGUGGUGUACGGCCGAUUGGAAUUACAACUUGGGUGGUAACUGUUGGAGCCAUCAGAAAAACAAUUUCUCGUCUAUUGAUCCUUUCUAUCUCAAUGGGAUAUGGUGUUGUCCGCCCAACUCUGGGAGGCUUGACCUCGAAGGUGUUGCUCCUUGGGCUGACAUAUUUCCUGGCUUCUGAAUUGCUGGAUUAUGCAGAAAAUGUCGGAACAAUUAAUGACAUUUCUGGCAAAGCAAGGCUUUUCCUAGUCCUUCCUGAUGCCUUUUUGGAUGCUUUCCUCAUACUUUGGAUUUUCACUUCUCUCUCCCGCACUCUUGAGAAGCUACAGGCUAGGAGGAGCUCAGUAAAGUUGGAUAUAUACAGAAAGUUUACAAAUGCAUUGGCGGUAUCUGUAAUAGCUUCGGUUGCCUGGAUUGGUUAUGAGGUCUAUUUCAAAGCAACAGAUCCCUUUAGUGAGAGGUGGCAGAGCGCAUGGAUCAUAACUGCAUUCUGGGACGUCCUUGCUUUUGUUUUGCUGCUUGUGAUUUGUUAUCUGUGGGCACCAUCCCAAAGCUCACAAAGAUACGCCUAUUCAGGCGAAGCUGCUGACGACGACGAUGAGGAAGCUCAAUCUCUGACGAAGGGGACUGAUGGUGAUGUAGGGAUGGUAAAGAUUGACAAAGACAGAAGUGGUGGUGUCAGUAGCGCUUUCAGCUUGGAAGAUGAGGCUGAGGAGGACAAAAGAGAGUAGUAUUCAAUUGUUCGAUAUGGCCAGAUACCAGGAAACAAGAGACCUGUUGGAGCAGGAAUGCUCCAAAGUUAGUUUUCUUCCUUUUUUGUGGUGACUCGAUCUCUUUUUGUGCCCUCAUUUAGACAGGUCAUGUAGAAGCGCGCCAGUUUAUCAAUUCCUGCGAGGAUAACGUGUUCUUUUCAAUGUGGAGUUCACAUAGGCCAGGAUGGUGCACAUUAUUUAAAUGACUACACAUUCACAACAGUGUACAUAUCUGUUUUAUUUACCGGCUGUGCAUUUUAUGA